AGAAACUCACACAGUCACUGACACUGAGAGGAGAAAUGGCGCAGAAAGGAGUUCAGCUGGACCGAGAAACUUUCUCUUGUUCCAUCUGUUUGGGUUACCUGAAGGAUCCGGUGACUAUUCCCUGUGGACACAGCUACUGCAUGAACUGUAUUAAAAUCCACUUUGAUGAAGAGGACAAGAAGGGAAUCCACAGAUGCCCUCAGUGCAGGAAGACAUUCAUACCAAGGCCUGUCCUGGAGAAAAACAUCUUGUUAGCAGUUUUAGUGGAGCAGCUGAAGAAGACUGGACUCCAAGCUUCUCCAGCUGAUCACUGCUUUGCUGGACCUGAAGAUGUGGCCUGUGAUGUCUGCACUGGGAGGAAGCUGAAAGCCAUCAAGUCCUGUCUGGUCUGCUGUGCCUCUUACUGUGAGAAACACCUCCAACCUCACUAUGAUGCAGCUCCAUUAAAGAAACACAAGCUGGUGGCCCCCUCCAAGAAGCUGCAGGAGAACAUCUGCUCUCGUCAUGAUGAGGUGAUGAAGAUUUUCUGUCGUACUGAUCAGCAGAGUAUCUGUUAUCUCUGCUUAAUGGAUGAACAUCAAGGCCAUGAAACAGUCCCAGCUGCAGCAGAAAGGACUGAGAAGCAGAAGGAGCUCGAGGUGAGACGACUAAACAUCCAGCAGAGAAUCCAGGACCGAGAGAAAGAUGGGAAGCUGCUUCAACAGGAGGUGGAGGCCAUCAAUGGCUCCGCUGAUAAAGCAGUGGAGGACAGUGAGAAGAUUUUGACUGAGCUGAUCCGUCUGAUCCAGAAAGGAAGCUCUGAUGUGAAGCAGCAGGUCAGAUCCCAGCAGGAAACUGAAGUGAGUCGAGUCAAAGAGCUUCAGGAGAAGCUGGAGCAGGAGAUCGCUGAGCUGAAGAGGAAAGACGCCGAGCUGGAGCAGCUCUCACACACAGAGGAUCACAACCAGUUUCUACACAACUACCCCUCACUGUCAGCACUCAGUGAGUCUACACACUCAUCCAGCAUCAAUAUUCGUCCUCUGAGGUACUUUGAGGAUGUGACAGCAGCUGUGUCAGAGACCAGAGAUAAACUACAGGACAUCCUGAGAGAGGAAUGGACAAACAUCUCACUGACAGUCACUGAAGUGGAUGUUUUACUGUCACCACCAGGACCAAAGACUAGAGCUGGAUUAUUAAAAUAUUCAUGUAAAAUUACACUGGAUCCAAACACAGCACACAGACAUUUGUUAUUAUCUGAGGGGAACAGAAAAGCAAUAAGAAAGACUCAAACACAGUCUCAUUCUGGUCAUCCAGACAGAUUCACACAUUGGUGUCAGGUCCUGAGUAGAGAGAGUCUGACUGGACGUUGUUACUGGGAGGUGGAGUGGAGAGGAGAAGGCAUUCAUAUAGCAGUUGCAUACAAAGAUAUCAGCAGAGCAGGAAACUCAGAUGAAUGUGUGUUUGGACACAAUGAUAAAUCUUGGUCAUUACGUUGUGACGCAAACAGUUACAUAUUUUGGCACAACAAAGUCUACAGUAACAUCUACGGUCCUCGGUCCUCCAGAGUAGGAGUGUACCUGGAUCACAGAGCAGGUAUUCUGUCUUUCUACAGCGUCUCUGAACCCAUGACUCUCCUCCACAGAGUCCAGACCACAUUCACUCAGUCACUCUAUGCUGGAGUUUACCUUUUAGAUCCUGGAGUCUCUGCAGAGUUCAUCAAACUGAAAUAGUCAGAAGUCAUUGAGGGACAGUUGGUUAAAAUGUGUGUUUCAGUUUCUUUGGUCUCCAUAAUUGUUGCUGAGAGCUCAGUUUUGUGCUGUUUCUUCUCUGCAUAGAGCUCACCUGUCAGCCCCACUUUAUGGCUGCUACUUUGACAUCUUAUUGUCAGGAUCCUGGGCCAGCGGCCCAGUGUCUUGAGUUCUUUUGGUGAAGCUGUGUUUUUUUGUUAUAUCUCUGGUUGUGUUUACUAGUUUUCUUAUAGUUUAGAUUCUUGGUUUGUUGUAGUUUUGGGUUCUGUGUUUGGUUAUAGUAAUUAUAAUAAUUAGUAUUCCAUUCUGGUUUCCCUGUGUCCUUGUCUUCCCAUGUCUCUGUGUUUCAGUGUCUGUUCUCCUUGGUCUAUCUGUCUCCCUGUGUUCUUGUGUGACGUGUCUGUGUUAUCCCUCCAUUGUCUAGUCUUACGUGUUUGUGCUUCAGGUAUAUGUGUCUUCCUCAUUUACUUCCUUCCCCAUGUUAUGUCAGACUGUGUGUUGUAGUAGGUUUCCAUUUAGUCAUAUGUUUAGAUUCCCUCUGUGUGCCAGCCUCCUCAGUUGUCAACUCUACGUUGUAUCAUGUUUAGUCACUUCCUGUUUUAUUUUGGCAGUUCCUUGUC